AUGUCAGUCGAGGAGAAACUACUGAGCAUCCAUAGACUAGGUCUAUAUGCCACUUUCAAUCCAGAACAGAUCUCAUCAACUUAUCUAUUACUAGUGAAUUAUCUCAGAAACAAUAUCAAUAAAAUUGAAUCAAUUAAAUAUUAUGAUUUAUUAGAACUACAAUUCUAUUUAUCAUUAUUAUCUAACAAGGAUAGUGAGGCCAAAACAUGUCUUGAUAGAAUAAUUGAUAAAUUCGGUGAUCAAGAUAGUCAAAGAACUGCAGUAUUGAAGGCAACUUUUUUAGAAUCUACAAUUGAUAAUAAAAAUGCAAUUGAUUAUUUAAAUAAAAGAAAUUCAAAUGAAUUGACAUGUCUUAAGAAAAGAGUUGCUUUGAGUAAAAAAAUAACAAGUACUCCUGAUUAUAUUAAGGCAUUAAAUGGGUAUUUAAAUUUAAGUCCCUUAGAUACUGAAGUUUGGUUAGAAUUAUCAGACAUUUAUUAUGAAAUUGGACAUUUUGAGAAAUCUAUAUUUGCAUUACAAGAGAUUUUAUUGAUUAUACCUUUUGCUUAUAACAUUUUUGCCAAGAUUGGUAAUAUUGAAUUUGCAAUUUUUAAGAGAGAUGGUGAUGUUGAUUCAUUAGUUUCAUCAUUAAAACAUUUCCUAAGAAGUGUUGAAUUAUCUUCAAAUUUUAUUAGAGGCUGGUCAGGGAUUUAUUUAAUCUCCAAAGAGUUUAAUCAAUUAGAUUCUAAAAAAUUGAAAAAUGUUAAAAUUGAUUAUGUUGAAUUGAAUAAAUUAUCCAAAAAUAGAUUAAAAGAAAUAAUUGAAACAAAUGGAUCUAAUGCUCAAGAUUUAAAAGCUGCAGAGCAAUUACUACGUGAUUUUUAA